CGGGGAAUGUAAGGCUACGCGGCUACGCCGCCAUUCCAACCACGUUCGGACAUCGAAAUAUUCUCCAACAACUUUUUCAAGUGAUUUUUUCAGUUUUAAAAGUUUUCUUUUUUUUAUUAGAUUUAAUGGUGUGAAAGUGUUUAUAUUUGUGCGGAAUUUAUUUUUUAUUAUAAUGGACGAAAUUUUUAAAUAGAUAAUGUGAACCGAUUGGAUGAAUUUGUAUUUGCAAUGCUGUAGAUGUUCAAUUCUUCAACAUGAACGUUCUUCUAGUUUUUGGUCUUUUUAUAGUGAUAACGACGGCACAUAACAUAACGUUUUUAGAAGUGCCUCAGUACGGUGACCCGCGAUGGAGCGCCGACCUUGUGUGUCACUACGUUAAUGAGGAAGGGGACCCGCCGCUACAUUCCGUCAAAUGGUAUCGAGAUAAUAACGAAAUAUUUCGAUUCACGCCUGAACAACAACCAUACACGAGAACAUUCAAUACGACAGCGGGCGGCGUUACGCGUGAUUCCUGCAACAUGCACAGUUGUAUGAUAAGCGUGGUACUCCCCAAGAGAUACAACACGAGAAUAUCGUUCACAUGUGAAGUUUCCACUGAAGGGCCCAGAUUUGCUGUUGUCAAUCAAACUAAAUAUCUUACUGUGGCAGUGACAUUAAAAGAAGACCCAGUGAUAACGGGUGUGGAGGGCAGCGUGCAGUUUGGGGAAGACGUCUUGUUAAACUGCUCUACAUCACCAGCUAUGCCGCCAGCCAACAUCGUCUGGUAUGUUGACGGGAAACCUGAGAAGACGGAACCUUGGAUGGUGGAUAACACAGAAGUGUCAUCAGCCGAUGAGUACGGGUUGCGUUCGAGUUGGCGACCGAUGAGACUCCGAGUGAACACGCCCAAGGGAGAUGUUUCGUUGCGAUGCGAAGCAACGCAGCCCGUGCGUCCGCCGUAUGUCAGAUCCAAUAAUUUAACGCUCGUGGUCGCCAGGUCACCACAUCUAUCCAUGUUCACUGCUGCAGGUUCAAGAACAACGAAAACAGAAGCGACAUUUCUUAUGAUAGUACUCAGUAUAACAUUACAUAUAUUUUCCAAAUGCAGUGCCUUGUACCGAGUCUAAUUGACUCAAUCGAAAAUAUACGAGAGAUAUAUACCGUAGAACUCUAUAGCGUUUACACUUUUAUUAAUACAUAUUGUUAUCUCUUUCGUUCCCUUUGGUAAGAUAGAGACAACAAUACAUACGAUUAUAAGUGUCACGGCAGUGUAAUUCUACGGUUACGUGUACACUAGUUUAGGUAGUUAAUCUUUCUAACCAUUGCAUUUUGCACACCG